AGCGGACUCAUACCUAUAUUUUUCAAUCAAUAUUAUCGAAAUUAAUGUUAAGCUUAAAAAUACAUAUAUUCGAGAACUGGAUCAGUCUUUGUUCCUGAAUGUAUAGCAAACGAAAAAAGAUCACAUUAGACGCUCUAACAGAAAACAUAAACUUUCUCAAGACUAAUGUGAACCGGUGUACGAGUUUCCCAUCUUCAAAACAAUUUAUUAACAUUAACGUUUUUGCGCAUUCUAUUUCUUGUGACCAACUAACAAAUUCGACGAUUUUUAACCAUCUAUUCCACACAUUUCGAAAUGAGUAUUUCAAGUUUUACUACUCAGCCUGUGAUACAGCAGCAACCCAAACUCGAGACUGAACAGCUCCACUGCAAUGCAGCCAUGCACGUCUCUAACCCUCAAGUUGAGCCUGUUUUUAUUCAUCCCACAAACGGAUCAAGUUUGUCUUAUGGAGGGAGUUCUAGUACAUCAGUUGAGUCAAUGCCUGCAGGUGCAGCGAACAUUCAGCAGCCACCAGGAAUGUGUUCUGAGUCCAACCACUCAGAGCAUCUGUUGCCAUCACAGAAAUACAGCAACGGUGGUACUGCACUUGUGAAUAUGGGGGACAUCCCGACUGUAAUGCAGCAACAACUGGGUGAUAGAGGAGCUCUUGCAGCAAUCAACAUCCCAUACCCAGCGGCAGUAACAAGUGGGGCACCAACAACACUUUUGACAUUUCAACCUGCAGGGCGAACAUUUGUGGCAGCUCCAGCAACUGGAGUUUGGCCAGUCAAGAUCAUGCAGAAUGCCUCAACAAUGACAGAGGAGUCAGAGCUACAAGCAAUGCCGAAAAUAGGACCAGUUCAUGUUCCAGACAAGUCGAAGGAACUCGGCAAUCAUACAUGUGCUGAACCCCAAAAUGGACAAAUAAAAGGUACAGCAGUAGAAUCAGUAAAAGGAAAUAGACAUCAAAUCAAUGGUGGUGUUGACGAUGAUGUUGAUGAAGAAGAAGAAGAUGAUGAUGAAGAAGAAGAAGACAGUGGUGACACAGAUGAUAGCAAAUCUGAUUUACACAAAGAAAUGUUAGCAGAGUGCCAGCAAAUGCACCUGGAACAACAGGGUACUGCAAUGGCGGAUUAUUUGUCAAGGUUGCAACCAUUGCAGCCUUUAGCAAUGCCAUUUCAGCACUUCCUGAGUUACCAAACUGAUGAAGUCAUGGAAAAUGGGACGUCACCCAGUGCUGUUAAUAAUGGAAACAGUAAGCGGUCUAGAGGGCGCCUAGGAGAAGUACGGCUUAUCACAGCUGCAGAUGGAUCGACACUCUUCUCUUGCCCAGAAUGCCAGACUGUCCUCCCUGAUCGGAACCAACUUGAUGUUCAUAUGCAGGGUCACCGUGCUGAGCGACGCUUUGUUUGCAAUGUGUGUGGAGCAUGCCUAAAACGCAAAGAACACUUGGACCAGCAUAAAAGAGGUCACAGUGAUGAGCGACCAUUUGUAUGUAGCAUUUGUCUUAAAGGCUUCAAGAGAAAUGAGCAUCUCACACGACAUAUUGUCAUUCAUUCUGGGGACAAAGAGCAUGCGUGUUCUGAAUGUGGAAAGCGUUUCAGUCGUAAGGAUCACCUACAUAAACAUGCACAAACACAUAUAGCUCGUCGUAUGCGAAAUCAUUCGACCAGUGGAAGUGGUGUUGUAGAAGCAGUGGGUCCUGUUCCACAUUAAUGUGCUUGUUUUUUUGCACAUUUAUUUGUCACCAUCUAAUCAUUUUAACUGACAUCAUCUCUGUUGGUGGGACUCUCAUUGUUUCCUCAA